UUAUUGGAGCGUUUGAAAGAAAAUCCAGAAUUAUUAGAAGCUAUAAAUAAACAUAAAGUUACGAAAAUUACGCCUAAGACAAUUAUGGAUGAAUCAUUUAAAAUUGCUACAAGAAUUGAAAGACAACUAUUCAGUCUUAUACCGGGAGUUCCUGGUUUAAUAACUUAUAGAAAUGCAAUGGCAUGUGAAGUAGCAAGAGAUGAAUCAACUACAAUUAGUAUAUAG